AUGUUGUCCCUUACCUCACUCCUUCCUCCAUCAACACCUAGGGGUGGUCUUCUUCCCCAUUGGCUCUUGUUCAUCUCGGUUGUCUCUGUCUUCAACUCAGCGCAGAACUACUUGAUCAGAGACUUGAGUCUUACUAGAAAGAUGUACUCUGCUGCGUCUGCUAAUGAAGUCACUCAUCUAAGCGCUAGAACUUUUGGCACCUGGACGUUUUUGACCUCCAUCGUCAGAUUCUACGGUGCCUACAACAUUGUCGGCAACAAAGACAUGUACAACCUUUGCAUUUGGACCUUCGUUGUGGCAGGUGGACAUUUUGUCUCUGAAUGGCUUGUGUUCAAGAACUGCAAGCUUGACAAAGGUUUGGCUGGUCCAUUGAUAGUAGCAUCUUCCAGUUUGAUCUGGAUGUUCACCCAAAGAGACUUCUACCUCAACUGA